GGCUGCCGAGGUGGGCGGGGAGGUCAGGUGACCCGGCAAGGCGUCCCAAGAUGGCGGCGGCAGCGGCGCCCGGGAGGCCGGAGCACCGUCCGGGCUGCUGAGGCGGGCCCCGCGCGGCUGGCGGCGGACGGGACGGGCCGAGGGCUGGCGAGCGGACGGCCGCCGCCUCUGCGCGCCCCGCGGCCGGGGCUGAGCCGUGCGGCGGCGGCGGCGCCGGGGGAUGCUCGUGCUGGGCCCGGCCUCUCCCUCUUCAACUUAGGGCGGCGGCGGGCCCGCGCCCCUGGCUCCCGGGCCAUGGCGCUGAGGGAGCUCAAAGUGUGUCUGCUGGGGGAUACAGGUGUGGGUAAAUCGAGCAUCGUAUGGCGGUUCGUGGAAGACAGUUUUGAUCCGAACAUCAACCCGACAAUAGGGGCAUCUUUUAUGACCAAGACUGUCCAGUACCAAAAUGAGCUACACAAAUUCCUAAUCUGGGAUACAGCUGGACAAGAACGAUUUCGUGCCUUAGCACCCAUGUACUACCGAGGGUCGGCUGCAGCUAUAAUUGUUUAUGAUAUCACAAAAGAAGAGACAUUUUCAACAUUAAAGAACUGGGUGAGGGAGCUCCGGCAGCAUGGCCCGCCCAAUAUUGUGGUUGCCAUAGCAGGAAAUAAGUGUGAUCUUAUCGACGUCAGAGAAGUCAUGGAGAGAGACGCUAAGGACUACGCCGACUCCAUCCACGCGAUUUUUGUGGAGACCAGCGCGAAAAACGCAAUAAACAUAAAUGAACUCUUUAUAGAAAUUAGUCGAAGAAUUCCGUCCGCCGACGCCAGCCCACCGUCUGGCGGGAAGGGCUUCAAGCUCCGGAGACAGCCUUCCGAGCCGCAGCGAAGCUGCUGCUGACCGAGCCUCGGCCUCCGGACUGCGUGAUGAUGAACACUCCAUUUAGUCUUGCACCCCGUGUCUUCGUGUGCCCGCCCGCUUUUCAGCCCGUCCACAGGAGCCUCUGAAGCACGUUCGUGUCGUGCGAGGGCACAGAGCAGCUUGGCUCUCAGCCUUUAAAGAUGUCUCUGCCUCACCUUCCACGCACCCCUCCCUUCCACACCCCAUCUGGAAAUCACAAUAAAGACAUGUGCCACUCUGACAAGCCUGACUAGCCCUUCCUAGCCUGGGGGUAAAAGACUAAGCUCCACGUUCCCGUCAUUUCACCUGGUCUGGGCGAUCAGUUUCUUGUAGCAUUUACAGCGACCCCAGACAAGUGUUUUAAGGGAGCUUUCCUUGUUAACAAUCCAGCUUAUCUUUCUGUUUCCUUUAUUCCCCUGCCUCUGUUAGUGGUUAACACUCUUUCCCUCAGGGAGCCUAAUGAGGUUUUUAAUAUAAUCUAAAAAUAAAGCACUGAAGUGAAGUUGGUGACAAUUUGCUCCUGGUCUAAUUUGGCACCCUUCCAACCUGAGUAUUGUAAGGGAAGGAAAUUUACAAGAUUAAAUAGGAAAUGAAACAGCUUGAAUUGCAAACUAAAUUGUGUUUUCAGAGCUAUCCUUAAACUGAACAGUUGAAACUUUUAAAAAUAAUUGUCAUUUCCCUGUGCUCCCCCCCCCCCCACUUGAUAGGGGUAGAUUUUAAUGGGAAAAUUAUAAUGCAGAUUAAGUAAAAAACGAUUCCCUCUUCCCUGGUGGAUAUCUUAAGCAUUUGAAAUUAUUUAUUCUCUUCCUGAAAUCAUAUGGAAGGAAUGUGGCUAGGGAAAAUUCUAACGUUGUGUUUAAAAUACGUGUGGACUCUGCCCUCCCAGCCUCUUGCUGCCUUCCCACCGUGCAGUUAGCUCUGAGAGAAAAACACACGGUUCUAAGUGUGGGCUCCUAACACCUGAAGUGGGUGGGCAGGGGACGGUGAACUUUAUUUCCUAUAUAUCCAGAUGGGGCAGGACAUCUGGCCCACACCCUGGUAUGUCCCUGACAUCCCCACUGCUGGGCCUCUCUCUCCGCGAAGGCCAACAAAAUAGAAACAAAGGUUGCUUGACUCCUAACUUUGAGGCGAUGCACGCGUGGCCCUUUUUUGGCUUGUUCCGCCAAAAGAUGCUGCAAGUCUGUGACCUGCACAUUUUUUUCCUCCAGACCUGUCGGUGAUUUCACGGUGCCUGGGUGCGCAGGGGAAGGCGGUCCCGUGCCUCUUACCGGCGAGGCGCUGGGAGGCGCCCCUCCCUGUUGUGCCCUUGGCUGCAUGCGGCCCAAAGAGGGCCAGCUUCUCAGCCCCCCACAGCUGCUUUCUCUUCAUGACAUCUCAUGCGCCUCCCCGUUGUCGAGGGCAUUUCUGUCGAGUUGCAGCCACGCGUUUUAUCCAGAGAAUGGAUGAUGGUGGGGUGCCCAAGUGGCUCAGUCGGUUAGGCUCCUGACUCUUGAUUUCGGCUCGCGUCACGAUCUCACAGUUCGUGGGUUCGAGCCCCGCGUCGGGCUCCAUGCUGACAGUGCCUCCUUCCUUCCUCCUCGUUUCCAUCAGACCAUCUCGGGAAGGGACGAGACCCUGCUCCUCCCGUGGUUGUCACCUUCCUGCUCAGCAGCAGAUUCUUAUCUGAGAUCCGUGUGGUCCAUACCCCAUGAAAACAGGGGGGAAAUGUUUCCGUUUGUUUUGUUUGCUUGUGUGAUACAAAAGAGGAAUAUUAGGGGCAGAAGCGGUGUUUUGUUUUGAACACACUUUGGAUUAACGACCUGACCAAGCAAUGAUCUGAUACACAUUUGGUACAUUCUCUGUUGUUCUGCCUUAGGAGGAAAAAAACUAGAUUUCAGAGGAA